UAAAGAGACGUAACGCUCAACAUAAACAAAAACAAAGGGGGCCGUUGUUGUUGUUCGGGAAGGCGGUGCGCUGAGGCGUCUGCUCCGUCUGCUAGCGUCUGCUUGUGUUGUAGCUGCGGCGUCUGUCUUAUCAGAGUUUCUUCGAAAUGCCCCGAACCAGCAGCCGCCUCCAAACUAAAGCUCUCAAGCAGCCGAUCAAAGAGGAGCCAGCAGAAGAAACUUCAUCUGAAGAUGAUGCAGAUGCAGUUUAUAAAUCUACUGAUGCAGAAGGAGAUAUUGCUCCUGACCGCCUCUAUGAGGUGGCUCUUAAGGGAGAAAUAAAUAUUAAGGAAGAAGUCGGGGACUAUCAAGAGAUAGAGGAAACUGACGAAUUUUCUGGGUAUGAAUACCUUCUUGAUCAAAUAACUGUAAGUUCUCAACAAGUUAAAGAAAUUGAUGAAAGUAGUGAGGAAAAUGAUGGGGAUCUGGAAGAUCAAGAUAAUAAUGACGAUGCUGGUGAUGAUGACUAUGAGGAAGACGAUGAAGAUGAAAGUGAGGAAGAAGAUGAUGAAGAUGUUGACGACCCUGAUUAUGAAAACAAGUCCUCUAGAAGGAAAACACAAAAUGACUCUUCAGAUUUUUCUUGCUUUUACUGUGAUUUCUCCUGCAAGCUAGAAAGUGACUUUGGCAUGCAUUUGAAAUCUCACAAAGAUUUGACUGUUCACAAGUGUAAUUUGUGCAAAGCUGUGUUUGAUAAAAUGAAGGCUCUGGAGACCCACUGUUUGACCGAGCAUUCCAUUGAUAAAACUAAGAAUCAUGUUUGUAAAUGUUGCCAAAAAAGGUUUGCAACAAAAAGGAAGUUACAGAAACAUAUUAUAAAUGUACACAAAAAUCAAAAAAAUUAUGAAUGUAAACAUUGUGCCAAGACAUUUGCUCGUAAGGCAGGUUUGGUUCAGCAUAUGAGCAUUCACCAAGAUCUUCGCCCAUUUGAGUGUAAAAUUUGCCAUCGAAAGUUCAGAACCAAGGCCAACAAAGAUUUGCAUAUGAAAGCCCAUUUUGGCAUUAAGGAAUAUAAAUGUGAUGAGUGUGGAAAAGAGUUCCUUCGGAAAGACGAGCUCACGAAGCAUUUAAUAUCCGUUCAUGAAAACAAAUUCAGUUACAGUUGUUCAAUCUGUAAGAAAUCUAUCAAAGGUCAUGUUAUGUCUCAUUUACGGAUGCACAUGAAAGAAAAAAACCACAAGUGUAAGGAAUGUGGGAAAAGCUUUGUUCAAAGCUCUCAGCUUAAAGUUCACAUGCGCAUUCAUACUGGAGAUAAGCCAUUCCAAUGUAAAACCUGCAAUGCGAGUUUUGCUCAUCAAAUUUCUCUUAAAACUCACAUGUUCACUCACACUGGAGAAAAACCAGUCAAGUGCCAGCUUUGUCCUUCUGCGUUCACUCAAAUGGGUCAUUUACGGAAGCAUAUGCUUACAAUUCACAAAUCUGACAAACCAUAUGUGUGUGCACCAUGCCACAAAUUCUUUAAGGUCAAGGCUGAUUUAACUCAUCAUUUGGCAGCUAAGGCCUGUACUGCCUCUGGGAAAAAAUUGAAGAAGGGGGCUGCCUCUUAGACUUUUACUCUAAGGUUCUCAAAUCAUUUCCACUAAUGCCAUAUUUUACAAGUUAACAUUUUCCCAAAGUUACAUCUAGUCCUUUAUAUGUUAAUAUUAAAGAUUUUUCAAACUGUGUGUGUUUGUAUUUUGUUGUUGUUUUGCUUAUAGUUUUUUGGUGUGUUGUGUUGGUUUCUGUGCUAUGUAGAGUGUGAUUGAAAAAACUGUGCCAUUAAACCAAUAAAAAAA